UUGUGGUUACUGCCACCACCAUAUUAUGGUCCACUCACAAGGAAAAAGUCACACUCCUAACCCAAAAUAUGGUCACCCUCCUUUUCUUACCUUACACGUGUCACCAUCUUACCCCUUCUUUCCUUAUAUACCUCCUCACUUCAACCGUCUGAUUCAUUCUCCAUAAACUUCACUUCCUCCAUUUCAGCUCUAGUUUUCUUGAUUUCUCUCAACAAUUUUUCCUUGUUUCUUGAUUUCUCUCAACAAUUUUGAGUGAAAAUAAUUUUUGGGUUUUCAUUAAAAUGUCGAAUUUUCAUGACCCAGAUGAUGAGUGUGGCACCUCCGAGCUCAGCAACGGCGCCGGCGGUGAUCCGAAUGACCAGAAAAAUGAUAGUAAUGAAUUUUCCGAUGAGAAAAAAGUGGUACUUUCUGCUUUGAAACAAGAACCAUUUGACUCCGAUCAUCACACUUUGGUUCCGGCAAUGGCUAUGCCGGUGGCUACCACCACCCCACGGCGGUCUUCCACAAAGGACCGUCACACGAAAGUAGAGGGCCGUGGUCGGAGGAUCCGAAUACCUGCCACGUGUGCAGCUCGGAUCUUUCAGUUGACCCGAGAAUUGGGUCACAAGUCGGAUGGAGAAACUGUUAAGUGGUUGCUUGAACAUGCGGAGCAAUCUAUUAUUGAAGCUACCGGAACUGGAACUGUGCCGGCGAUAGCGGUUUCCGUUAACGGGACGUUAAAAAUUCCGACGACUUCUCCGCCAAGUAAUCGAGAAAAUGACGAGAACAAUCCUCAGAAACGUAGAAGAAAAUCAUCAGCAAAUUCGGAGUUCAUUGAUGUGGGAAAUUUGAAUAAAAAUGUAGCAAAUGUUUCACAAUUCGCUCCAGUGACGACGACACCAGUGACCAUAGCCACUGGCGUCCCUCCUCCACAAGGGCUAAUGCCCGUAUGGGCGGUAGGUAACGGGAGCGUGAUGGUACCAUCCAAUGCAAUUUGGAUGAUACCAGCUACGCCCCCACUAAAUGUUACUAAUAACAAUAACAUCAUCAACAAUAAUAGUAAUGUCAUGCAGUAUCCUCAACUUUGGACGAUCACUCCUUCUGUGACACCAGUUUUUAAUUUGGCCGGAGCUGCACGGCCAAUAUCAUCAUUCGUGGCAGCUACAGCUGCGAAUACUAGCAGGCCACCACCAACGAUGGCGGCAGGACCGUUGAGUACAGGACCUAAAGUUGGGUCAAACAAGUCUAGCAUGGCCCCAGCUAGCUUAAGCUCUAGUAGUGGAGAUAGAAAUAACAACAAUAAUGAUGUUAAAGCUCAUAAAUUGAGAGAUUUUUCACUUGAAAUUUAUGAUAGAAAAGAGUUGCAGUUUAUGGGUAGAAGUGGAAAUCAAGUUACAUCUUCAAAACCAUGAAGAUAUAUAGAGACAAAGUUGAGCCAAAUAUGCUCAAGACAUUCUGUACAAACUAGAAGAUAUUUGCUAUUCACUUUUUGUUUCUUUUAUUUUGUCAAAACUAAUGUUAGGGGUUGAAUGAUCUGUAAUCUCUUCACAAAUUUCCAAUAACUACAAUAAUCAAAAUAAGUGUUAAUGAACAUGUUAUCCUUCAGCUUUAUCAUA